GUUAGAGGAUUCAGGUCCAGGCUCAACCUGUGGUUGGCUCUGUGCCCUUGAGAGUCGCUUAACCGCUUUGUAUUUCAGUUCUCACCCUUGUAAGUUUCGGCGGCACGCUGAGCUGUGCUUUAGAAAGAUACUGUUAGAAUGCUUUUGGUUCGCAAUGUCUAGGGCCGCCAAUUUUCUAACUGGAAGGUGACACCACCCAACAGUAUUUGUGAAGUACUUUAAGCUCCAUGGAUGGAAGGAACUGGAUAAACACAAGAUAGCAGCAUUAUUAGGGUGGUGGAAAGAAACAGCUUUCCACAAGAACAAGCUUUUUGAAAAGCUCCUUUGAACAUUUUAUGCAGAUUAAAUCACAGUGUUAGUAGACAAAGCUAAGCCUAAACAAAACUACAUUUCAAGGAGGGUUUAUUUUUCUUCCCCAGAUAACUUUAACAUACUAUCACAAGUUAUUCGCCUUUCGGAGUUUCUCCUUGGGAACGAGUGUGGAACCUAAAAUGAUGGUUAUAUAAUCAUUUGGAUAUCCUAUGCAAUUGUAUACCAAGAAAAUUAAUUAAAACAAAGCUGACUUUUCUAUAUAAGCUAAUCCAAAAGUAAAUGAGGAACUUAGAAAAAGAUUGCCAACUCCAGAUCAACAUAUUUAGAGAAAAUUGGAAAAGGAGAAGCUGACUACAGCUUUAUUUGAGGACUUUUUAAAGAACGCAGAGUUCUAGCUGUGAGCUUCAAAUCUUGGAGCAAAACCCAGAGACCUUGCCAGAGCAAACAAGAACAGAAGUACAAAUGGAAGACUGGUCAAAAGAUGUAGCCCAUAGUUAUCUUAAACAAGAGGCUACAGGGAGACAUACAAGCACACAGCCAGAUAAGCACCUGACUGUGAAUUCUGAAGGAAGCAUGGAUCAGAAGUCUAAUGAAUUAGUUAAUGAAGCUGCAUGUGAGGACACAGAACUGCCAGAGCCCAGAUCAAGGCAUUUUCAGGCCGUUGGUCCUUGUCCAGGUGAUGAGACAGCUCGCUGCACUAGUGAGAAAUCCAUCAUUAUGGAACAUAGAAGUAAUGAUUUGCAUUAUGGACAUAUGAUUCCUUGUCAAGUUACUUCAGACUUAAAUAAAGAGAAGACAAUAGCAUUUCUUCUAAAAGAAUUGGACAUUCUCAGAGCAAGGAAUAAAAAGCUUCAAGAAAAGCUGACUAAAGAAGAUAAAGAACAGAGAAAACUAAAGCUUAAGCUGGAACUUCAAGAGAAAGCAACAGAAGCUCAAAUUGCUGAAAAGACAGCAGCUCUGGUUGAAGAAGUCUAUUUUGCACAGAGGGAGCGUGAUGAAGCUAUUAUGUCUCGACUGCAAUUAGCCAAUGAGGAGAGAGAUGAAGCAGUUGCACGAGCCAAGCAUUUGGAAAUGUCUCUAAAAGUGCUAGAAAAUAUUAACCCUGAAGAAAAUGACAUGACAUUACAGGAAUUACUGAACAGAAUAAACAAUGCAGACACAGGGAUAGCUAUUCAGGAGAAUGGAGCUGUAAUUGUGGAUAGAAUCUACAAGACCAAGGAAUGUAAAAAGAGAAUAACUGCCGAAGAAAUGAAUGCCAUGAUAGAGGAACGGGAUGCUGCUUUGUCUCAGUGCAAACGGCUGGAGCAGGAGCUUCAUCAUCUGAAAGAGCAGAACCAGACUUCAGCAAACAACACGAGACAUCUGACUGCUGAAAACAAUCAGGAACGUGCUCUGAAGGCAAAGUUGUUAGCUAUGCAACAAGCCAGAGAAACUGCAGUUCAACAGUACAAGCAGCUGGAAGAGGAAAUCCAGACACUUCGAGUUUACUACAGUUUACACAAAUCUUUAUCACAAGAAGAAAAUCUGAAGGAUCAGUUUAACCAUACCCUUAGUACCUAUGAAAAAGCUUUAAAAAAUAGAGAGAACAUUGUUUCCAUCACUCAACAACAAAAUGAGGAACUGGCUACCCAACUGCAGCAAGCUCUGACAGAUCGAGCAAACAUGGAAUUAGAGCUUCAGCGUGCCGUGGAGGCCUCCCAGGCGGCCAGUGACAAAGUUCAGAAUGCAGGUAAUACAGGGAAAAGGAAGGCCUCAAGAAGAUUGAACUUGGCCCUGGAGAAUGGGUGGGAUACGAAUAAGCAGAGAGGAAAGAAGAGAAGGUAAAAGAAGAGAGAAACAGCAUAAAUGAAGCAGAGCUGCAGGAGUGACUAUAAUAAUCUACAUGAGGAGACACGACAGAGGCCCACCUGGCAGGAGCAGAGGCUCGUGUGGGAUGACAUCAGAUGGGCGAGGCUAGGCUGAAUUACCGAGAGCCUUCAAGAGUACGCGGAGGCGGUUAGAGUUCGUGUGAUGUGGAUAAGAAGCCAUUGCAGAGUUAAAGCAGUGGAGGUUACUUGAUAGAAACAGCAUUUCAGGAACGUCAGUCUCAGCAUUGUGGAAGAUUAAUUGAAGCAGGCUGGUGUUAGAGGUAGGAGGACCAGCUAAGAAGCAAUCAUAAUCAUAUACUACAGUAACAACAGGCAACUGGCACGCUGCUGUGGGCUGGGAGCAGCGAGAAUGGGAGGAAGGGAUUCAUAUCAGAAAUACUAUGGAGGAAAAGUAUGAUUUGGUGACUAAAGAGAUGUGAAGGGUAAAGAAGUAGUCGAUAUUUUAAGAUUUUCUGCCUAAGAGUUAGGAACAACACAGUGCCAUUGAUAGAAUGUCUUUAGUUCGGUGCUAAGAACUAAUUUCAUUUUCUUUUUGUGUACUUAUAAACUUAUGAGAAAAAAUAUUGAGUUUGAGAACAGUACUGUCAGAUGACAGAUAUAAAACUCAUCAAAAUUGGCUUCCAGAAACUGAAGAGCAAAAGAAGGGAAGAGCUUCUAAGGACUCUUCUCUGGGAAUAAUAGAAACACCCAGGGGAAUGUCUUUGGAACGAUGGCAAUUUACAUUGUAUAACCCUAUUCCCCACAUAACUAAACUCUUUCUGUGGAGGUUAGUGCUAAAAGUCAGAAUGUCCAAAGUUAUUCUGAAUGAUAAAGAUUAUUCUUAAGAGCUGUAUCUCAAGCCAUUCAAAGACAGGCCAAAUGUCAAGGUUGUGGUUUGAGGUGUCAUUCGGCAAAAAAGGCAAUAUGUAACUCCUUUCCUGGGCAAAUAGCAGAUCAGUUCCUGAGGUAAUAUCGUUGGGAAGAAUGCUCUGAACCAGGCUGGUGAUAUAAGCGGCUGAAAGCAGCAGGUAGAAAGAAGUUUUAGAAUUAUUUUGUUUUAAAAGGCACAUGAUGAGGACAGGCUAUUAGCAAAGAUUUACAGCAAUUAUUCAUUAAUAUUUUCUAGGUUAUUUACUCAAAUGUUUUGAGUACCUAAAUUUGGUAGAAAUAAAACGCAUACCAGAAGAUGUAAACACUACCAUAUUGCCCAAACCUAAACUACUCUAAGGAAAAAUAAUAAUAAAUUACAGUUUUCCUGUAUCAUGGUUUACAGAAUAUUUGAAAAACCGUUAAGAUGUUAUCAGUUUUAUCAGGAGACAGGUUUGAGGUUCUGCUCUUCACACUGAGGUGGGAAUUGCUCUACCAAUGAAGAUAAAAGAAUAAUUUUCAUUGGCAUUACAAAUUGCCCUCUAGUACUCUGUAAAUCAUAAUCAUUAUAAAUAUACAAGACCUUAUUUAUUAUCUUUGCUGCCAAAUUUAAGGUAGUUUCUAGAAUAUAAAAAUCUAUA